GAUCAGAGAACUUAUCAGUCGCGGCCAAUCAACCUUCCCGUUUCGAUCACACUUCGAUCAGUGAUUUGCCCAUUUGUUAGUGAUUCGCUGGCCGCGAUAGUGUGGAGCAGCAGUUCUGCGUUAGCACCCGUUAGCAGGACUUGUGUGUUGUGUGUUGUGCGACUGGUGAGUGGUCUAGUAACCGUGGCGAACAGUGGAGGAACCUCUUUUAGGACGUUGCGCAGUGGCCAACAAGUGGCCAACAGCAGCAGCAGCAACAGCAACAUCAUCAUGUACUGGUUUCGAUCGAAAAAGCUGAAAGAGCGGUUAGCGCUCGGUUUCGGGGCUUCGCUCGUCCUCUUCACGCUCCUGCUCGUGAUCGAUCUACAGAUGGAUCUGGGGGUAUCCCGGGGCGAGUUCACACCAUCGCACGCCCGGAUACGGUACGCGAACCAGGAGGAUAAGAGUGGCAUCUACAACGAGUUCCAUCGGAGGUACCUCGCGAAAAGUAAUGCAUCCGGUUCGAAGGAGUACCUUACGACGAACCCGCACACACACCGUGGCCACACGGAUACGUCCGGGCCGGGGUAUCCGGCGAAGGCGGCCACAACGGCACCACCACCGCACGAUCGGUUCAAGGAUCUGACGACGCUAGUGGUGGCCCCACGGAACCGGCGUCACCCGGAACCGCACGAAAAGAUCAUCGUAAAGGAGGAUCUGCUGCAGGACGACAUCGACGAAUCGAAUCCGACGCUGGCCGAUCUGCUCGACCUAGCGCCCGGUCCGAACGCGUCCAAUCUCGAGCGCUUCCAGCUACGCAUCUCGAAGCGUGAGCUGUACCGGAAGGGUGACCACCUCGUCAAUGCCGUCGUCGACGAUAUGGUACGGUUACCGAUCAUGCACGUGGUACAGAAGGAAGGUGGCACUCAGCUGAAGCUGAUCAUCGACUAUCCGAACGAUAUCCACGCCCUGUUCAAACCGAUGCGCUUCCCCCGGGAACAGCAGACACUUCCGAAUCAUUUCUACUUCACCGAUUACGAGCGGCAUACGGCCGAGAUUGCGGCCUUCCAUCUCGAUCGGUUGCUCGAUUUCCGGCGAGCGAUGCCAGUGACGGGCCGCAUUUUGAACAUAACGACCGAAAUCUAUCAGAUCGGUGAUGAGGGUCUACUGAAGACGUUCUUCGUGUCACCGUCGAACAAUCUGUGCUUCCACGGGAAGUGUUCGUACUACUGCGAUACGUCGCACGCGAUCUGCGGCAAUCCGGACACGCUCGAGGGUUCAUUCGCCGCGUUCCUGCCAACGCAACCCGACACACAACGGAAGGUGUGGCGGCAUCCGUGGCGCCGUUCGUACCACAAACGCAGGAAGGCCCAAUGGGAGACGGAUGCGGACUACUGCACGAUGGUACGGGACAUUCCACCGUACGACGAGGGUCGCCGGUUGCUCGAUCUGAUGGAUAUGGCCGUGUUCGAUUUCCUGACCGGCAACAUGGAUCGGCAUCACUACGAAACGUUCAAAAUCUUCGGCAACGAAACGUUCCCGAUCCAUCUGGAUCAUGGGCGAGGCUUUGGGCGACCGUUCCACGAUGAACUGUCGAUCCUGGCGCCGGUACUGCAGUGCUGCCUGAUACGGAGCAGCACCCUCGAGACGCUACUCAAGUAUCACAACGGACCGAAGCCACUGUCGGAGGCGAUGAGGGAAUCGAUGGGCACCGAUCCGAUUGCACCGGUCCUGUGGGAACCACAUCUGGUGGCGCUCGAUCGGCGUGUCGCGAUCGUCCUGCAGGCCAUCCGGGAUUGUGUCCGGAAGGCACGGGAUGAGGAAGAUGGACAGCAGCUCGUCGGUGAUGAUGCCGUCGUCGGUGACGGUAGCUCGAACACACUCGAUCGUGACAAUGGCAAACAGCAGCCACCGGGCAAUGGGUUCUACCGAGGAUCCUAGCGGCGACUGGUUGAGAUCGAGCGUCGACGACGGGUCGGUGGGUAUAGGCGGCCACCAGCACCACCACCACCACCACCGCGUAGGACGCUCUACAAGCGGCGGGCGGCGGCCUUCCGCACAAACCCGAUAGGCCCGGCGCUGGGCCGGCUACGGCGUGGUAGCCACACCCUGUACAUAGUCUAGAGGGGGGGACGAAGCAGUCCCAACACCCCCUCCCCCCCCCUUCCAAAGCGCGAGUAGCUGCUGGACACCACACCACAUCGGUGUGCGAUACGAUGCGAGUGUGAGAAUGUGAUCUUCAUCAUCGAGUGGCGGCGGAUCGAGUGAUCAUGGGGAAUAAUCCCCGUGGAUUUAGCAUUAAUAUUAUGACGACGACGCGACGUUGUGACCGCGGCUGGCGGCGCACUAGGUUCCUAAUUCUGUCUCAUGGUUAGCGUAUGUAAACGGAAAGCAACGAAAAGCACCAAGCCAGAUUAUGUUGUGAGCCACAAAGGCAGGCAGGCAGGCAGCGAGUGGACGAGAGAACAGAGACACUGUGAAAGGGUUUGGUCUGUAAGAUCCCGUGGAGCAUCAUUCAUUUCAUGUAGACGCAAAAGACUUCUAAUCAUAUCGAUGACGGUGAGACGCGAGAGAAGGUUGUUGAAAAGAGGGUGGAUGUAAACGUUAAACUUAAAAACAAACCCCCUAAACUGACGAGCUCAUGCCAAACACGCUGUUUGUCACUCUGCCGUUAUCUCUCAUCUCUGCGGAUAGGAUAGGAAGUGUCCGCGAGUGUGUGUGUGUGUGUGUGUGCGUGUGUACAGUGACGGAGAGCGGCGCAAAGGAGCGCAAAUAGGAUUACGAAUAUGUUAAUGCGAGCGCGAAAGCGAUCCUCUAGUGGUAGAGGAUCACCGAACACCACACACACACACACACCGCACACACACCGAACACGCUGUGUGAGGCCAAAGUUUCCCUGUUUAUAGACACACGCUGUUAAGAAUGAAGUCCCCCGGGACAGUGGUUGCCACACUGCUUGGCACAUCCUUCACAUCUGUACUGUUCCCUCUGUUUUCCUCCCGUCAUUCCCCGUCCUUUUCGGUGUUGUGUAUGUAUGUGUGUCGUUGUCUGCGUGUGUGUGUGUGUGUGUGUGUGUAUUUAGGAGAUGUGUUAAGCUGGUGGACCCCGAGAGUCCCGGAAACCGAACGAUCGAAUUUAUUGCGCAACUUUCCCGCCUCUCCCACCGAGGGAGGUGGUACUGUUCCGUUGUUUUCCCUUUACCAUGAGCCCCCUCCCUGUCUCUGUUGUUAAGUUUGAGUUUGAUCGCGUGAUGAUCCGUAAAACGUUUUAAGAUUGUCGGAAUGUGACGACGCUUCGAAGAUAUGGUGUGGUCCGUCUUGGAUAAAUAAUUCGCCAAAAAAACCUCCCACUCCCCACUUCGAAUAGGAUACCCUUACCUGCGCCCUAAAAUGGAUGAUUAUUGUUGGUUUUUGCCUCUCGUAAUCAAUGGGAUGUAACAGUUUGAUCGAUCAUCGAACUGGUCAGCAUAAAUUGUAAAAGAAAAAAAUCUGUGUAACGAGAGGAUACGAUAAACGCUUAACAUUCGGUACGUAACCAGAGACUGCUGAAGAGCGAGAAAGAGAGCGAGAGAUGGUCCCGUACAGGUGAUAAAGGGUUGUUGAAGGUGCGUGAACAUGAAGAGUAAUAAAUCGCUAAUAGAAAUCGCAUUGAAAGCACACUUAGCGAGAGAGUCUCGUUUAACGCCGGCGCCAGCAUCGAUGGUGAGGUGCCAGUGGGGGAGAGGGCCCCACAAAUUAAUCGAUCCGCAGCAUAAACAUUGGCCCCAAACCACCAAGUAAGCACUGUGCAAGUGCAAGGAAUUAAUUGAAAUCAAAGAGCCAACCAAUAAAUGCUGCUAAAUGCGGUGCUGUUGCUGGUGUUGCUGCUCCGGUGAAACAAGGGCAUUUGCGAAGGGGAAAUCGGCGGGGCGCUAGCAGUGAACGCACCACCGUCGAGGCGUCGAGGGUCGAAUUGUCCCGUGGUUUCACUUUAAAAGUCGUUGUACGCUCCGUGAAACUGGCGGAAUGUAGCGCGAGAAAGAGAGAAAGAGACGAGUCAUCAACGAGCACAUAGAAUUGGGAUAAUCACGGUGACGGUGACGCAGCCCAAAGGGGGCGCGCAGGUGUCGCGUUUAAAUGCGGUAUAACGAUAAGCGCGCUAAUCUUAUCAUCACGCUCGUGCGACCGCGAGCUUCUCUCCUGUCCAUUCCUACUCAUGUGUUGUUGGCUACAAGCCACACGAUUCCCCAACGAAUGCUUGACGAAGAUGGUGAUGAUGAUGACGACGAGAUGCCAAAAACGCCACGUCCCAACAAUGUGCGCCGCACAGAAAAAAAAAACAACAACAUAACCACCAUCGGAGUGGUUCACCUGUUCUCCUGUGUUGAUGUGUGAGAACUGUCGGGCCAAGCGCACAUGAUGGCGCACAAACAAAACAAUGGGCUAGAGAGGGCGAUCGAUUACCCCGAAAUUACGUAUCCGAUCCGUUUGCUCCUUGCCCCAGGGAUCGGUAAUCCCACGAUCGGGCGUUUGUAAUGUUAGUUCGCGAUCGAGAAGCGCGCGCGCGCACGUCAUCAGUCGGUGCCAAAAAAACAAACACGCCGUGGUUCCAUCGAGCGUUUGUUGUGCGAUCAAGUGAUCCGUGAGAGAGAGAGCGAGAAAAUUGCAGAGGUGAAAGAGGCCAAUUCACACGACUCAUCAUCGGAACCACCCUUUAUGUUGAACCUUUGAAGAAGAAAAAAAACGGCGAAGAACUGAACUGAUGGACCUGUUUUUGAAUGUUAUCCUUUUGUUGUGCGUAUUGACUUGAUAUUGUUGUUAUAUUGGGUGUGCGCUUGCCUAAGCUGUAACUCCUGUUACCCCAGACCCCUUUCCCUGUUUUGUAUACACUUUCCACGCUAGACCAAUACGUAUGUCGCGGGGACCGUCUGUUGUGGCCAAAAAGAAGCAUAAAGUUUAGGAGCAAGAAGGUAGACGAACCGAAGCAUGCGCGCAACGCAAUAGCUCUUCUUAUCUGUAGACACCCACUGGGCAUGGCGGGGUUCGUGUAUCGCGCCGGUGGAGAACACUUCUGUGAAAAGUCUGUUUGUUACUGUUAGCUAAGGCGAGAAGGAGUGGCGAAGAGAUCAUUAACUUUGAAAAGGGGAUAAUGUGCAGAACUGUAGUGAAGCGGUGAAGUGUUAGAUCGUCGAUGGAGUGGACUUGUAGCAGCAACUACCAUAGGUAAUGAAUACAAAGAUAAGCAAACUGAUCAGCUGUGGUAUCGAUUAUGAUAAUAUUGAUAUGAAAACAAUGAAUAAAACCAUGAAAUUUGAAAUUUAAAAAA